GACGAACAGAGCAGCAGAUCCUCGAUAUGAGAUUAAUGGCCUUGUCCUUUACAUAUGGAUUAUUCCAUUCCACCCGAAGAAUUCAUCAACAAUGUCGUUAACACCAUCAGACUCCAACAGAGCCUCAUUGCAGGAGGACCUCGGGCGGGUCUUGGAACAGCUCAGCAAACUCGAGAUCGGAUCUCUCCCAGCAGAGAUUAACACCACUGUCGACUGUGUGAGGGCUUCCGUGCAUGGCUCUUCCAGAGACGAAACUGGGAAAGUUCUAGCCCUGACUGUCCUCGCUGCCGCCCUUCAAAAGCGGUACCAAAUCUCUAUAUCGAAGGAUCCUAGUGAUCUAGACGAAGCUGUCGACGUGACGCGAGCUGCGGUGGAGAUUACUAUACGAGAACCCCAAGAAUUUGCUAUCGACGACUCACAAGUCUACUUUAUAAAUCUGGAACGCGCCCUCUGCUUUAAAUACGAAGAAACAAAAGGAGAAGCCCAAAUUGAAGAAUCCGUCGCCAUCGUGGUUCCACUUCUCGACCUUGUCCAGCAGGGCAGCCAGUUUCAUGCAUUCACGUUGAAGAUCCUCUCUUCUUUGUACAGUGCCGGGUACAAUCGGACAAAGACUCCAGAAUAUCUCGACGAAGCAAUCAAUGCGACAAACUCUGCGAUCGCCAUCACUCCAGAAUACCACCCCUUUGGAACGGUCAUGAGGCAGGUUCUCGCCCAGUUGCAUGACCAACGUUUUGAGAGGACAAAUCUCCUUUCCGAGCUGGACAGUUUUAUCAGUACCCUUCAAGAGUUACCUGAAGCACAAAAGGAUACUCUAGAACAGUUUGAGGUCAUCCACGAGCUCGCCUGUGCAUUUGAACGUCGUCAUAAGCUCACUGGCAACAUAAAAGAUUUAGAAAAGGCGGUUAAGUACGGGGCCGCUGCUGUCAAAAUCGCUCCGAAGAGUCCAUUAAAAGGCCAUCCGAUUUCUGCAAGAGAUGUAGGCGUUUAUAAUCUACGAAUCCACACGAAAGAUUACUUCAGAAAAACAGGAGAUGUCCCUGAACUUGACGAACACAUUCUCAAGGGAGCCGGCAUUGUUGAGAUGCUGGUCAAUAUGGACAGUGAGAAUAAGACACAACAGCGAUACAAGAUCGCCAACGCGUUUCAAAAGCUCUAUGAAAGGACAAACAGGGUUUCUGACAUCGAACAUGCCCUUCGCUUCACGAUGGAUACGAUGCAGUUGAUCGAUGACUCGCAGGAUGAGUGGGGAGCAAUUCAGGAUACUUUCAAAGCUCAGUUCCGACUCUGGUCAGAACAUACUGGCAAGAUGCCCGAUUGCGAGGUCACAAUCAUGGCCUUUGAACGUAAUGGAGGCACUUACAUCCCACCGGAAUCGACGGAGGACUUGGAUCUGAGGGUACCAUACAUGAUAUUCAGCGGGGAGCUACCUGUGGAGUAGGAAAGCAACUUCCACAACCCUGUCUGUUUAGGACACAAAGCCGCAUAGUGGACUUAUGCACCCUUUUGCUAUACUUCUGCAGGUACAUAACGCGCACGUGCAGUUACUACGCUUGUUAGUCGAGACGAAUUAAUAGUUGGUCCGAUUACCGAGGCUGACAGAUCUCUAAUUCUAUCAUCCAUGGUGUCUAUAGAUAUCAAUGUCACCCUCCGUGUAAUCUAAAUUUUCUCUUCAUAUAUAGCCUCGUUAGAGUUGCAUUCGGGUCGGGUAGGGUAGAGAAAUGGGCACCUUUCCCAAAGAUUGACAGUGCUAACCAUUUAUGGACGCACUAAACUAACUACAGUUAGAACUGGGAUGGGAAUGGGAAUUCCCGUUUCCAUUAUUCCCAAUCCGAUUGGCUUAUUGUAGCCUUGUAUUUUCGAUGCAAAUUUACCACGCAUUAUAUCU